UCGAGGAACAGAGCGCACCGGCUGUCCCGUAGCUUCAAGAACUUUUGAGAUGAAUGGGUAUGCCUUUGAUUAAUUUUGAGACAGACCAAUAGUUUUCCACAUGUCCCGUGAAUGACUCUAUAGUUAGUUAUCUAUAGUAUAGUUAUCCACGUAGUUUUUUCGUUCUGGCUGUGUUUCACAGUUGUCGCCGUGUUGUGAAGGUAUCCAGUCUAACUUGUACUCGCAAGCUUUUCGGGUGGGUAGAUAAAGGAGGAUUGUUCUUGAAACGUCAAUGCAUACAGAAGACUAUGGAGGACUGUGGACCACCAUUGUUUUCGUUUGGAAUAAUAGCGGAUGUUCAAUAUGCUGAUAUAGACAACGGUUUAAAUUUUAAACAGACCAGGAAACGAUACUACAGGAAUAGCCUGAAGCACUUGCAGAAUGCGAUUGAUGGCUGGGAUGCGGAAAAAGUCAAGCCGAGCUUCAUUCUCCAACUUGGGGAUAUAGUUGAUGGCUUUAACAAGAAAUACAACGCCUCUCAAAGCGCACUGGAUACGGUGUUGGCCCAAUUUAACCGCUGCCCGGCUGUGCAUCACGUUUGGGGAAACCAUGAAUUUUAUAACUUCACCAGAGACGCGCUAUUGUCAUCACCACUCAACACCACGUGCGACUCGCAUCAGCAGCAGCCCUCGGCCAAUCAGGACUUUUACGCAUACCAUUUUAGCCCCGCCCCGCGGUUCCGAUUUGUAGUUCUGGACUCCUAUGACAUCAGCCUCAUCGGACGUGAUGAGCAGAGUGAGAAAUACCAGCAGUCUCUGAAACUUCUCAAGGAGCACAAUGCCAACGAGGACCUCAACCACCCCCCAGUGUUCUCAGGACUGGAGCAGAGAUUCGUGAAGUUCAACGGAGGGUUCAGUCAGGACCAGCUGCAGUGGCUAGAUGAGGUGCUCACUAAAGCUGACGAGAUGCAGGAGAAAGUCACUAUUGCAUGCCACCUGCCGGUGCUUCCCCUCUCCACAGACCCCAUCUGCCUGGCCUGGAACUACCCCGAGCUGCUCUCCCUGCUCCAGGCCCAUAGGAGUGUGGUGUGCUACAUGGCUGGCCACGACCACGACGGCGGGUACCAUCAGGACCCUGCCACGGGCAUCCACCACCUGACCCUGGAGGGCGUCAUCGAGACCCCGCCAGACAGCCAGGCCUACGGGACGGUGUACGUGUACGAGGACCGUAUGGUAGUCAAGGGCAACGGGAGGAUGAGGGACCGAGAGAUGAUGUAUGCUGGGAAACAAGAUGGAGAGGGCAGCGUGUGACGUGACGUGGAAACC